AUGACUUCGGAUUACCGGAAAAAACUCAUUAAAGCAGGAGUUGUAAAUUACUGGAACCGAAAGUUGGUUUCUAAAAAUAUUGGAUUGUAUAAUUGUCUUCGUCAGAUCGAUAAUAAGUUGGUUUUAAAGCUGGAAGAGAGGCCACUAGUUCAUGCAAUCUAUUUUCAUUAUGUCUCAAGUCUUUCCCAGGAGCAAUCGAUAAAUCAACAGUUGCGAAACAAAGUUCAGGUUGAAUGCAGGGAUUUUGCGACAAUAGCAAACUCCUCCGAAGUGACGGGAUUCUGGGAAAAUAAGAAAGAAAGGUUCUAUAGACAAACGUUAGAUGAUCAUACACGAAAAGAAAAGUUGUAUUUGAGUUCCACUCAUCUCGCGCAGUUACAAGACGAAGUUGUCAACGAAGAGAAGGAUGAAUUUUAUACUGAAGAUAAUGAAUACUAUGGAGAUUCUACUAUGUCAACAACGAGUACUCAAGCAUCGAUUGAUGUUUCCAUGCCUACAACGAGUACUCAAGCAUCGACUGAUGUUUCCAUGCCUACAACGAGUACUCAAGCAUCGACUGAUGUUUCCAUGCCUACGACUAGUACUCAAGCAUCGAUUGAUGUUUCCAUGCCUACAAUAAGUACUCAAGAAUUGAUUGAUGUCUCUAUCCCAAAUGAAGAUUCAAAGUUUGUUGAAAGGAAUGAACCGGAGAGUGUAGGACGGAUUAAACACUGGACUUUAUCAAGUGGAACCGAUGUAGGUCAAGUAUUAGCUGACUAUAGAUGCAAAAUUCCCGAAUCACAAAAAUGUCUUGACCCCGUUUAUUGGGGAAUUCUCGAUCUUACAGGCUCCCACCAAGAAACAAAACAAUUAUUCACUACAGAUGAUUGGACUGAAAUGUUGAAAAGCUUCGAAGACGAGAUAGAGAUUAUUAAAGAAGACAUACCUGACGUUAUAUAUUUGUUUUUCGACGAAGUACAACAGAUUGUAAAGAAUAAUGAAAAUGGUGAAGGCAUUGCGACAGCAAUUGACGGGAUCUCUUUUCGGGAAAUAGAAGAAAAGUACAAAAUCACUCUCAGUUCACAAGAUAUAGCUUAUAUGAUUGAAAUAAAGAGAGCGGUCCUGACAUACGCGGAGAAUUUGCUCAAUAUUGACUUGCCGGUUUCAGAGUCUGAUUUUGACAACUUGUUUACAAAUAUGCUUACGAGAAGAUUUCUUGACAAGACCGAAUUAAAAAUGGACGCAGGGGAGAUCUGCUCCUGGGCUUCGGCUAAACGACGUAAUGAAGGUCGCUCAAUCACACUUCGUGCUCGAGUUGGGCAAAAAUGCUAUUUCCGAGGGAUGCUAAAACAUAGUAUCAACAAACUAGAAGCGAUAAUAGGCCUCCGAAGUGGCGGUCUUCCAGAAGCUCAUUCAAAAAAAAAUUUUGUGGACUCUAUUGACCUAUCUAUAACAAUGAGAGACAUCCUCUAUACAUUUUUCAAUUCUAAUACGAACGCUCCGGAUGAAGACUUGCACAAAAUGUUUGUUUUCGGAAUCAAAUCAUGGGGCUGGACACAUCAGAUUCUUGCAAUGGAUUGCAAGGGAACAAAUAUUUGUAGGUUUGGAACUUUGUGCACAAUAGCCUUACCAAAUUCUGCAAAGACUCUUGCAUGUUUGGAAAAGUUCUAUGUAGAAAUGAAAAACAUCAAGGCUACUCUAAACUCCAUAUGCAAUAAAGCCAAUGAUAUUGCUCUAUCGCAUGCUCGAGCACACAGACUACAUAGAAGAAAACGAAACGAAGAAGACCAAAUAGAAAAUGCUGAUGUUGAGGUUGGGGGUUGUUUUGGUAGUAUAAAAUCUUUAGCCUACAUAAGUUCCCCUUAUGUUAUCAGCUUAUACAAUAUGGAAUUUGUUUUUGGUGGUGCUUUUCUUUACUGA